UCUUUGUGUCUGAGGAUGAGCAGUAAUUAAGAGGAAGGGACACAGCACAAGGUACUGUAGCAUGUGAUCAUCCUCUCCAUUGCUCUCCCCCAAGUCCCCUGGACUGCAGUCCCUCAUCGUCGUGUGCGUUCCUUGCAAGACAAAGCCAGGCAGUGUGAGCAGGAGCUGGAUGUGAGAGAUUGCAGAGGACGCCAGCUGAUGGCAUCUCACCCUCGGAGUGACAGCGGCUGAGCCCCAGCACAGCAACAGCACACAAGCUCACCUUGUCUGGAGUGAGAACUUCCCAAGGUUAGGAGCGGAGAUAAAGGUUCUUCUGGGAUACACUGCUGCUAUCAGAAGAACAUUGCCUGGGAACGUACAAAUACCUGGAUUGCAUCGUUUGGGCACCUUACAGUACAAACAGGAAAGGCUGUGCUUUAAGGGGUGCUAAGAGACAAAUCGCCUGCUGGAUAAGGAAGGGAAUAAUAAUUCGAAGACACAAAAGGCAGCGAAUGAUUAACUGAGACGAGUUGUAUGAAAUCCCCUGACUACCAGAUUUGUCCGCAUUACACUGGAUAUUGGAAAAUCAGGGCCUCAGAUGGUGACCGUGCAAUCAGGGCGCAGAAAAAGCUGUGAAAAGAGGAGAUAUCACCACACAAGAAACUAAACUCAUAGGAGCUCUGAUCGCUACCAGGAUACUGAAGUUUAAAGUACUUGAUCAACUUUGGAUUCUGAUACAUCUGAGAUGUUAAUGUUAUGGAGGGGACUGCCCCAACUUUGCACGAUAAGUAUGAGCCUAGGUAGGUGAGCUGCCCGAAGAGGAACCUUCAGCACCAUCAGACUCUCUAACUUCCAUGGUUUGCAUAAGCUCUUCAGAUCUCUCCAUAAUGGGCCAUUUCUCAGUUUAUGAUGGUGCGUGUUGCUGAAAAGUGAUUCCUGCAAGAGUUACCACUAAAGUAUGAACUUUAGAAAUGAUUACCCACCGUUGCACCCGCAGGAUGCUUGGUCUGAAAGUUUUUAGAAUGAUUUGGAAGCAAGUUUUCCUUAUUUCUUGGGUUACAUCAUUGGCUCUGGCUGGCACAUCGUCUACAACCUGCCCAGCAGCUUGUUCCUGCAGUAAUCAGGCUAGCCGUGUUUCCUGUACACGCAGAGAACUAGCCGAGGUGCCAGAGAGUAUCUCUGUCAAUACGCGAUAUCUAAACCUUCAGGAGAAUAUCAUUCAGGUCAUUAAGACAGACACUUUCAAGCAUCUCCGCCACCUGGAGAUCCUGCAGCUCAGCAAAAAUCUAAUUCGUAAAAUUGAGGUGGGUGCUUUCAAUGGACUCCCAAACCUUAGCACAUUGGAGCUUUUUGAUAACCGCCUAACCACUGUUCCUACUCAAGCAUUUGAGUACCUAUCUAAGCUGCGUGAGCUGUGGUUGAGAAAUAAUCCAAUUGAAAGUAUUCCAUCAUAUGCUUUUAACAGAGUUCCUUCUUUACGGAGGUUGGAUUUGGGGGAGCUGAAAAAGUUGGAAUACAUUUCUGAAGCUGCCUUUGAAGGUCUUGUAAAUUUAAGAUAUCUCAACUUAGGGAUGUGUAAUUUAAAAGAUAUCCCCAACCUUACUGCUUUGGUCAGACUGGAAGAACUAGAACUGUCUGGAAAUCGUUUGGAAAUGAUACGUCCAGGUUCUUUUCAAGGACUGACCAGUUUGAGAAAGCUCUGGUUGAUGCAUGCCCAUGUUGCUAUCAUAGAACGCAAUGCCUUUGAUGACUUAAAAUCAUUGGAGGAACUUAAUCUCUCCCAUAACAACUUGAUGUCUCUGCCCCAUGAUCUUUUCACACCUCUGCACCGCCUAGAGCGUGUUCACCUUAAUCACAAUCCAUGGCACUGCAACUGUGAUGUCUUGUGGUUAAGCUGGUGGUUAAAAGAGACCGUACCCAACAAUACAACAUGCUGCGCUCGCUGCCAUUCCCCUCCAAGUUUAAAAACAAGGUAUAUUGGAGAGUUAGAUCAGAGCCAUUUCACUUGCUAUGCCCCAGUUAUAGUGGAGCCACCAACUGACCUCAAUGUCACUGAAGGCAUGGCAGCUGAACUUAAGUGCCGCACCGGUACAUCAAUGACUUCUGUAAACUGGUUGACACCAAAUGGCACCUUGAUGACCCAUGGUUCUUACAGAGUACGGAUAUCAGUUCUUCACGAUGGCACUCUUAAUUUUACAAAUGUAACAAUGCAAGACACAGGUCAGUACACUUGUAUGGUCACUAACUCAGCAGGGAAUACGACAGCUUCUGCAACAUUAAAUGUCUCUGCUGUUGUUGACCCUUCCAACACUGAUUACACAUAUUUUACUACUGUGACAGUGGAAACCAUGGAUUCAACUCAGGAGGAGACAAAACCUACUGAAAAAGAGCCUGGUCCAACACCGACUGUACGUUGGGGAAUAACUUAUUCUACCACAUCACUUACUCCACGUAGUACUCGUUCUACAGAAAAAACGUUCACAAUCCCAAUAACAGAUGUUACUGGUAAUAUUAUGAAGGAUCUCGAUGAUGUCAUGAAGACAACUAAGAUCAUCAUAGGAUGUUUUGUUGCCAUUACCUUUAUGGCAGCUGUUAUGUUGAUUGCUUUCUAUAAACUGCGUAAGCAGCACCAACUCCAUAAGCACCACGGACCGACACGGACUAUCGAAAUCAUUAAUGUGGAAGAUGAAAUUCCUGCAACUGCCUCUGGAGAUAACCACAUGGCCCUUCCAGCCAUUGAGCAUGACCACCUCAACCAUUACACUGCUUUUAAGGCCCACUAUAACAACAAUACAGGAACCCUUAACUGUGCCAAAAAUCCAAUGCUCAACUCCAUCCAUGAACCACUUUUGUUCAAGAGCAGCUCAAAGGAAAAUGUGCAAGAGACGCAAAUAUAACAAACAAAAGAAAAUGCAAUGUCAUGGUGAAUUCAUUAAAACAAAAAUAAUUUUCCACCAUUUAUGGAAGAAAUAUACACACACUGUAAAACCAUGUAAUACUAUGAGUGUCUCUGGGUUAUGGCCUUUUUCUCACAUACAAAUCAACAGAUCCACUUUAAACAAAGCACUGACACAGACUGAAGAAUCUUUUGAUAAUUUCAGAGGGAUAUUUCACUCUCCGACUACCUGAUGUAUUACUAAAAAAAUGGGGAAAAAUAGCAAAAAAAAAGGGGAAAAAAAAAGAAAAAAGGAGAAAAAUGUCAUGAAAAGAAAAUGUAAGAAAAAAAAGCUUAUUUUGUGGUACAGCUCUUUAUGUGUAAAUUCUAUUUCAAAUCUAUUUUCAUCAAGGAAAGGUAUUAUGGAACAGAAAAAUCAAUCAAGGGAUUACUGAGGCAGAAAAUUGCAUUUUUUAUUAAUAGUAUUACUAAGGAGUUUCUGUGACAAAGAAUCAUUGAUAAGCGCUCUACACUUAGAUCAGUAUGAAAGAGGUCUUUUUUAAUUCAUUCAUUGCCAAGGGUGCCUGCAGUGACCUAGAAACACAAGUACAGGUCCCAAUGAGGGUUAGGAAAUAUUUGUGCGAGUUUGUGAACAUUGUGUUUAAGUGAUUUGGUGGAAAUUGUAGGUGGAAAGGUAUUACUUGCCAUGGGAAGAAAAUGUAAGAUAAAUGAGACUUAUUGCCAUGUGGGGAAGGAUACUCUUUGGCAUGGAGGGAAGUUAAAGAUGGCAUGCCUUGCUGUUGAUAAAUGUCCAUACACAUGGGAAGGUAUGGUGAUAAGGUACCACACACCAAGGGAAGAUCCUGGGGAUAAGUUACUAUGACCCACUUUAUAGAGGGAUAUGGGGAUCAGGUAUGGCUUGUCACAGAGAGUAAAGUGUAGAUCAGAUAUAGCUCACAUGAAUAAAUGUACCUUACACCAUAGAGUGGAGAUGUUACUGCUCACCAUAGAGAUGUCAGAUUGCCUCAGAAGGGAACUUGGGGAUAAGGUACCGGUCGCAAUAGAUGGUAACUUGGGGAUACAGUUUGCCACAGGAGGUAACUUGGGAAUAAAGUACCACAUGUCCCUCUAGAGCGAUAAAAGGCGAUAUGGUGCCAUUCACCACAGCAAGGCAUAUAAGGAUAACACAUUUUUGUAGAGAGGAACUUCAGGAAGUAGUAUCUCUGACCACAGGGGGCAGAAUGGGGAUAAAGUAUGGCUUGUGUCAGUGGAAUGUGGUCAAAAGGUACCUCUUGCCACUGAGAGGAACAAGGUGAAAAGGUCUCGUCACAGGGGGUUAGCACAAGUGUUUAGAACAAUUUGUCAUGGGGGUAAUAUAGGGACAAGGCACUUUUCACCCUAGGGGGGGACAUGGCAAUAAGUUAGCAAACUACUUUAUGGGGAUAAGAUACUGCUUGCCAAAGGGAAGAAAAAAGGGAAAAGGUACUCCUUGAUAAAUUACAGCAACAACUGUUUUCACUUUUUUUUAUAACGAAAUAUUAUAAAAAGGUGUUUACAACCUUUAAAAAAAAAAACUUUAUUUUCAAAGAUUCUGUGCCAUAUAAUCCUUUACAAUGUGCCAAUUAUCUUGAGAACUUUACAGAAAAUGAAUACUGUAUUAAAAACAAAAUGUUUUUACAAAAUAUUUUAGUUUAUGGUGAAGGAGCACGGAGAACUGUGACGUUUUGAAUCUUCUGCCACAGGAAUAUUUGGGCCAGUUAUUUUUCUUUGGAUUUCUAUCUCAAAUUGUAAGGUGUGUGAAAUCAUAAAAUUGAUAUGAACUUUUUUUUUUUUUUUUUUUAAUUUGGAUUUUUAUUUGGCGAUUUUUUUCUUUGGGGGGGGGAUGGUGAAUAAGGUAUUCUUGUGACAGGAAGAAGGAUUACUCUGCCUUUGGCCUUUUAGGAAGACAGAGGAAAGAGGCUACAUCGCCAAAUCUACAACAAAAGAUUAAUAAAAAUAUCAAAAACAG